UCUACAGAGCUCUAUUCAGAGCAGUCUGUUUCUGUGCCUGCACCUUUAAAUGCUAAUGAGCUCCAUCUGUCAACGCCCACUUGGAGAGCUCUUCCUGCUACGUCACUCUCAGGGAGGGGAAGCCCCUUGCGUUAGCAGUUAGCAUGCUAAUGUUUGCGGUGGAUGUAUAUAUGUAUCGCUGUGGCUCGCGGAGAUUUCUUCGUUCAACCGAACCAGUUUGACCCAGAAUCGGACCCAGAAGGAGAGGCUGCUGAAGAAGUACAGACUCUGUGGCUGCAGCAGGACGUUUCAGAAUGGGUCUGCAUCCAUCGGAGGAGCAUUUGAAGGCCAAUUAUGUCACAACGCGGUGCGAAGGCUGUCCCAAUCCGAUUGCUCCUUCUUCUCCCUGUUUCUGGAGGAUGCACCGCUACUAUCCUUCGUGGCCUCACAUAUCCUAAGAUACUUUGCACGCCUGAAAAUAAGAAAGAAAGAGAGAAAAUGGCGAAGGAUGCAGACCCUGAAAUGUGCUCCUGGAGAACACCUGCGACCAGAGACCAGCUUCCUCCUGGGAAACGCCCAGAUCGUGGAGUGGCCUGUAGUUUACAGCAAUGACGGAUUCUGCAAGCUGUCUGGCUUCCACCGGGCUGAGGUCAUGCAGAAGAGCAGCACAUGCAGUUUUAUGUACGGAGAGCUGACGGACAAGAAGACCAUCGACAAAGUGAGACAGACGUUCGACAACUAUGAGUCCAACUGCUUCGAGAUCCUGCUGUACAGAAAGAACAGAAGUCCCGUGUGGUUCUACAUGCAAGUGGCUCCCAUCAGGAACGAGAACGACAAGGUGGUUCUGUUCCUCUGCACGUUUAAAGACAUCACCCUCUUCAAGCAGCCCAUCGAAGACGAAACCACAAAAGGAUGGACCAAGUUUGCGCGGCUGACGCGGGCGCUAACCAACAACCGCAACACGCUGCAGCAGCUGGCGCCCAUCAGCAAACAUGAGGUCACCCAUAAACAGUCCAGACUGGCCGAGGUUCUGCAGCUGAACUCGGACAUCCUCCCGCAGUACAAGCAGGAGGCCCCGAAGACGCCGCCGCACAUCAUCCUCCACUACUGCACCUUCAAGACCACCUGGGACUGGGUCAUCCUCAUCCUCACCUUCUACACGGCCAUCAUGGUGCCGUACAACGUCUCCUUCAAGACCAAGCAGAACAACAUCGUGUGGCUGGUGCUGGACAGCGUGGUGGACGUCAUCUUCCUGGUGGACAUCGUCCUCAACUUCCACACCACCUUCGUGGGCCCCGGCGGGGAGGUCAUCUCCGACCCCAAGCUCAUCCGCAUGAACUACCUGAAGACCUGGUUCGUCAUCGACCUGCUGUCCUGCCUGCCGUAUGACAUCAUCAACGCCUUCGAGAACGUGGAUGAGGGCAUCAGCAGCCUGUUCAGCUCCCUGAAGGUGGUCCGCCUGCUGCGUCUGGGCCGGGUGGCCAGGAAACUGGACCACUACCUGGAGUACGGGGCUGCUGUUCUGGUCCUGCUGGUCUGCGUGUUCGGACUGGUGGCUCACUGGCUGGCUUGCAUCUGGUACAGCAUCGGGGACUACGAAGUCAUAGAUGAGGCCACCAACACCAUCAAGAUGGACAGCUGGCUCUACCAGCUGGCUAACAGCAUCGGAUCGCCGUACCGCUACAACGCCAGUGGUUCUGGCCAAUGGGAGGGCGGCCCUGGCAAGGACUCUCUCUAUAUCACCUCUCUGUAUUUCACCAUGACCAGCCUGACGACCAUCGGCUUUGGCAACAUCGCCCCCACGACUGACGGGGAGAAGAUCUUCUCCGUGGCCAUGAUGAUGGUGGGAUCUCUGCUCUACGCCACCAUCUUUGGAAACGUGACCACCAUCUUCCAGCAGAUGUACGCCAACACCAACCGCUACCACGAGAUGCUCAACAACGUGCGGGACUUCCUGAAGCUCUACCAGGUUCCCAAGGGGCUGAGCGAGCGCGUGAUGGACUACAUCGUCUCCACCUGGUCCAUGUCCAAAGGCAUCGACACGGAGAAGGUCUUGUCCAUCUGUCCGAAGGACAUGCGUGCUGACAUCUGCGUCCACCUCAACAGGAAGGUGUUUAACGAACAUCCUGCCUUCCGAUUGGCCAGUGACGGCUGCCUGCGCUCGCUGGCGGUGGAGUUUCAGACGACGCACUGCGCCCCUGGAGACCUGAUCUUCCACGCCGGCGAGAGCGUCGACACCCUGUGCUUCGUCGUGUCGGGGUCACUGGAGGUCAUCCAGGACGACGAGGUCAUCGCCAUCUUAGGUAAAGGUGACGUGUUCGGUGACGUCUUCUGGAAAGAAACCACGCUGGCGCACGCUUGUGCUAACGUCAGAGCGCUAACGUACUGCGACCUCCACGUCAUCAAGAGGGAAGCCCUGCUGAAGGUGCUGGAGUUUUACACGGCCUUCGCCAACUCCUUCUCCCGAAACCUCAUCCUCACCUGCAACCUGCGCAAAAGGAUAAUUUUCCGCAAGAUCAGUGAGGUGAAGAAGGAGGAAGAGGAGAGGCAGCGGGCGAAGAACGAGGUGCAGAUCACCAUCCCGCAGGACCAUCCCGUCCGGAAGCUGUUCCAGAAGUUCAAGCAGCAGAAGGAGCUCCGCAACCAGGGAGCGGCAGCCGCCUCUCAGGUGGACCUGGAGAAGAACCAGCUGCAGGUGGAGCAGCACCACCAGCACCUGCACCCCCACAGUCUCCAGCUGGGUCACUCCAGCCUGCAGCACUCCCUGCCGCUCAGCCUGCAGCGCCCCCCCUCCUCCAUGCAGAACGGGGCUCCGCCCAGCAGCAGCGUGCUGACCGUGUCUCAGGUCACGCCCAUGCAGAGCUCGCUGGCGUACAGCCAUCCCUGCGAUCCUCUCGCCAAGCAGAACAACUGUGAUAUCAUGGAGCUGCAGCCCAGCUCAACUGGAGGGGGGUCUGAGCAGGCUGUCAGGCUCAAAGUCAGCGCCAGCCCUGCGCUCGGGAAGCCGGCUGUCAAACCUACCGGCUGGAUGCGCCUGAAAAACAACAUGGCUCCAGUGGAGGCCAGGAAGGAGGGGCUGAACAACAACGUGAAGGCGGUUUCUGUGGAGAUGCUCUCUCAGGAGGGUAAAGGUCAGGAAGCAGGGAGGAGUGGGGAUGUGGAGGAGGGCGGGGUGUCGAGCAACAAUCCGCUCCGCAAGACAGACUCCUGCGACAGCGGCAUCACCAAGAGUGAGCUGCGGAUCGACCGGGCGGGGGAGGCGCGGACCCCUGCAGCGGUCACCCCCCUCCUCCACAGCCCUCUCCCCGGAGGAGCGGGGUCGCCUCACCCUUUCUGCCCCAUCCCUGAGCAGGCCCUGCAGGCCGCGCUGCACGAGACCCGGCUGGAGCUCCGGGGGGACAUCCAGAGUCUGGGAGGCCGCCUGGGCGCCCUGGAGAGUCAGGUAGCUGAAAUUAUUAAACUGCUGUCAGACAAGAAGUCCACGCCGCCAUCGGCGGUGCCGUCAGCCUCCACCACGCCCAAAACCAAAAUCCAACGUCAGGACAUUUUCACCGUCUCCAGGCCUGUUUCUCCAGACUCAGAGAAGGACGAGGGGCUCUGAAGAGAGCUCAGCCAGUGGUGCAGAGAGUGUCCUCGAACAAACACUGAUCUCAUGGCACAUUGUGCGACUGUCAUCACAAUUAUCAGUCCGAGGUCACAGUCGUUUCCAGAUCCAGCUGCACCACUGGUCUCACUCCUCCGAGAUAACAAACUGGCUUCUUUAACAUUUGCACACUGACUUUUCUCUCUUUUUUGAUUGUACAUACCUCUCUAUGCAUGUCCAGCUGGAUUCUGGCCUGCCAAAGAAACGACUGAACGUACUUAUUGCCUGUAUAUUAUGCAGUUGACUGCAUGCAAAUCGAAUUUAAAGAGAACUGACAUUUUAUCGAGCUACACUGUACAUAUAAAUAUUUUUCAUUGAUAAUUUACUAUGUGGACAUUCAGGGUUUGCAUACUGGUAGCACUAUAAACACUGAAUAACUAAAAGGGUUUACUGGCAAAGGGAUUGUGCAUGGAUUAUUUAGAAAUAGAGACGUCGGACGGGGUGGAGGUUUGUUUUGUUCCUUUGCCUGUGAGAUGAUAGAAGUUUGAUUCUGCUCUCACUUCGUCCUCUAAGGCUCCCAGAUGUGAUGAAGCAGCGUCCCUCAACACGAGGAGGGAGUUCUCUCGUACGUUUUUAUAUCAAUUAUUGAUUUUUGCUUCUUAUGAUAAUUUCUAUUUUUGAUUACAGAAAUGUCAUGGCCUCUGUUUGAUGUCCGGUAAACCCUCGAAUGGUCAUUUUGUUAGAAUCCUCUUUGUGUCUAUGCAUCGCUCGGGUUUACGCCGCUAGAAUCUUCUGACUAUUAUUCCUUUUUGUUGAUGAUGUCGCUGAAUGAAGGAAGAGAGGUUUUUUUUUUUUGUGUUCCAUUCCUCUGCAUGAAUCAGGGAUGGCAGAAUGCACUUUGGAUAAUGCUGGGAUGACGAGAAGGCUUUGGGGAAAUAACACAGAGUUUAGUUCACAUAAAAGUCCACUCAGCACAGUGACAUGUAAUCCCACGGGCCCGGCACCACACGCGGCAGUCUUAACCAGCGAGCGUCUGACUGAAGCCCGUUCUGAAUUCCAUUAACGACAGCAGC